CGGAGACCGAGACCUGAGACCGGGACCGGGACCAGGACCAGGACCGGCGCCUGUGACCGGAGACGGUGGGAGGAGGUCAGAUGGAGCUCCUGGAGCAGGUCCCUCGUGGGCUUCGUUCUCGGCUGCUGCGGCGUCACAGACAGGGGCCCCUGGUCUGGUGCGUCAGGGGCCUUUACUCCUGCCGCUGGGGCCAAAUGUACAGCACCUGUCGUGAGCCUGGAGCCCGAACCUGCAACAAGGUGGAGAUGUUCUUCUCGACUCUUCUCGUUGUGACCUUCUGCAUCUCGCUGAUCUUUCUGUAUUUCUGGGGUCAGGCCAAGAACGACUACGACGACUUUGACUGGUUCACGUUCGAGGCUCUGGGUUUCUGGUUCCGCUGGUCUGUGGUUCUUCUGGUCGUCACGUCGAUGUUCUUCUCGUACGUCGCGCUGCUCACGUUGCUGCUGCUGUGUCUCCUCUCUCAACGCCAGAGGAUCUCCCUGCACUGGACACACAAAGUGGGAGUGGGCGUGGUCCUGUUCUUCUCUGUGGUGGCCAUCUCGGUCCUGUCGGGUCUGUGGAGCGGCGAGUGGAGCACGCUGCUGUUGUCCUUCCAGGUGACGGCGCCGUACCUGCAUGUGGGCGGAGUCUUGCUGAUGACGGCUCUGGCGUGGCCUGUGGCGGCGCUCACCUUUCAGACGACCGGAGCAGGGCGCCGGGCUCUGAUCGGGGGCCCCUUCCUUCUGCUCCUGUCGGUUCUUUACUUGGUUCCUCUGGGGCUUUACUCUCCCUGCAUCAAAGACAGGACCAGCCUGGGGCCUCCUCCCGCGCUCAUCGGGCACAGAGGAGCGCCCAUGUUGGCUCCAGAAAACACUCUGAUGUCGUUUGAAAAGGCCGUGCAGUGCGGCUGUGUGGGACUAGAGACCGACGUCACACUCAGUGUGGACGGGGUUCCCUUCCUGAUGCACGACUUCACUCUGCUGAGGACCACAAACGUGCAGCAGCUGUUCCCUGAGCGCAGCCGGAGUCCGGCCGCCAUGUUCACCUGGACCCAGCUCCAGACGCUCAACGCCGGGGCCUGGUUCCUCUCGAGCGACCCCUUCAGGACUGUGGGUUCUCUGGCGGAGGACGAGCGGGUCCGGGCUCAGAACCAGUCGGUGUGUUCCCUGCUGGACUUCCUACAGCUGGCGGCGCGCUCCGGGUCCCUGGUCAUCUUCGACCUGUACCGCCCGCCCAAGGGGCACCCCUACAGGGACACGUGGCUCCAACGCACCCUGGACGUGCUCCUCAACCAGUCGACCAUCCUCUCCUCUCAGGUCCUGUGGCUGCCGUCGCACCUGCGCUCUUUGGUUCAGGAGAUGGACCCUGACCUGCAGCAGACCUCGGGCAGCCGUCUCCCCCUUGAGGAACUGCAGAGAAACAACAUCGUCAAACUCAACCUGCACUACAGGGACGUGUCCCCACAACUCGUCAGGGAGCACGCGGCGCUGAACGUCUCUGUGAACUUGUACGUUGUGUCUGAGCCGUGGCUUUACUCUGUGGCCUGGUGCAGCGGCGUCCAGUCUGUGACCAGCAACGCCCCCCACAGGCUGAACAGCAUGACACGCCCACUGCUGCUCAUGAGUCCAGACGAGUUCAGCCUCAUGUGGAGCCUGACAGACCUGACGUCCCUCAUCCUGCUCCUGCUCAUCUGCAGCUUCCACUGGUGGAGGGAACAGGCUCUGGCCCUCAGCUCUGGACCCCAGACGCCGCUGGACACACAGAUCUACGGCAGGUUCAGGACAGAGCUGAGUGAGGUUUGGUCCGUGUCCACCGUCAGCUCCCACAUAGAGACCGCCACCUCCGUUUGCCCUUUGACCCCCGGCUGUGCCCCGCCCUCCCCUCGCCCGUCUGGUCUGGAGCUGUCGCUGAUGUGAACCGCGAGGAGCCGCGAGGAGCCGCGAGGAGCCACGAGGAGCCGCGAGGAGCCGCUGAUGUGAACCGCGAGGAGCCGCGAGGAGCCACGAGGAGCCGCGAGGAGCCACGAGAAGCCGCGAAGAAUUAAACAAAGGAGUUAAAGACCUGGACGUUCUGAGGACUUCAUUUCACACACUUAAAUAUUGGGACUAGACUUGACAGACUAAACAUUUCUUCAGUUUGAUCCUUUGCAGCUCAGGUCAUCGUCGUUUCCCAGGUUGUGAUGCUAACUGUAGGCACUGCUCUGUCUGAAACUGUGACUCAAGUCAAACUUUAAUCUGAGUUUGAUUUGAACAAAAUCUGACCAAAAACACCAAAUUGAACCUCACCGAGUCACAUGAACAUGUCACACCGACAUGAACAUGUC